UGGCUCCGUAAUAUUUGUGUGUGUGUCUGUGUGGGGGUGUGUUUUUAUCUCCCUGUCUGUGUGUGUUUGAGAAAGUGAUUCAGUCUCUCUUUCUGUGCGAUGGCACUACUGCCUAAGGAGGCAGAACGAUUCGAUGGGCUAUCUCUGCUAUACUGGACUGUCAUGGGGCCUCACGGCAUCAACCGGGCCAUCGAGAGACUAGAGUUCUGCGACUGCAAGAAAGGACUGGGGGUGAAGAUCAUCGGUGGCUACAGAGAGCAGACACGUGAGGAGUUUGGGAUCUUCAUCAAGCGGGUGUUACCGGGAGGGCUGGCUGCUCAGGAUGGGAGGCUUAGAACGGGCGACCUCAUUUUGGAAGUCAAUAAUAUGAGUUUAGGAGGAGUAACCAACGAGAGGGCGGUGGAUAUCCUCCGGUCAGCGUCAGCCUCCAAUCACAUGUCUCUGAUGGUUGCCAGGGACGAUGAAAGCAGGCGGGAGUUCAUUGAGUUGAUGAAUAAGUAUGGCUCCCACAGCAGUUUUAAAGGAAGCUCAGGGAGGGUCUCCCCUACACAGCUCUCUACAGGAGGCAAGACAGACACGGCCUCCUCCUCUUCCUCCUCCAGAUCUACCAGUCCCACCAGCCAGCUCUUCAGUCCUAAAGAGGGGGUCACAGGACCUCCCUAUACCACUGGGCCCCCCUAUACGUCAAACCCCAACACAGCCCCUACACAGCCCGUCUUCAAUGACAGCAUCAUUCAGUUGAUAUGCAUCUCAAAAGGAACAGGCCUGGGCCUCAUCAUCAAGGGCGGAGCUAACCGAGCCGAGGGACCAAUGGUGUUGAUUCAGGAAAUAGUGCCUGGAGGAGACUGCCAGAGGGACGGUAGACUACAGCCAGGAGACCAGCUGGUAUCGAUUAAUAAGGAGUCGUUAAUCGGAGUGACUUAUGAGGAGGCUAGAAGUAUCCUGACACGCACCAAACUCAGACCAGACCCUACGGUGGAGAUAGCGUUUAUGAGACACAGGACUUCCACCAGUUCUGCUUCCUCCAGCAGUAGCCCCCAGGGUCCUUUCACCCCACAGGGCGCAGCCAGUGGAGCCUCCUCAGUGCCCCCCACCAGGAGAGGGACCCUGGCUGUACUGGGGGCCCUGCCCCCCCCUCGGUCACUGCUCCAGCACAGGAGAACCACGCUCCCUGCAGCCCUCCCUGGAGCUCCCCUGGUGGUGCCCAAGAUCACCUCCACCCUCAACCCCGCCAGCGAGACCCUGCCUUCUGUCAACCUCAGCCAGGUGCGAAUGAGGACAGAACAGACGUGUGUCUCCUCCCCUCCUCAGAGUCCCAGCACCACAGACGCCAAGCCUGAAUCCUCCACUGUAUGGCAGCCAGUCAGCAGUCUCGUACCACAAAGGAAGUGCUCCCUCAGCUCCAUCUGUCGCCUCAAACUGGAGAGGCUGGAGCAGGCUCUGGAUGCAUUGGGACUGAAUCCUACAGAGGCACAGAGACAGACGUUGAGGGCCAGACUACAAACAGACCCUGCUGGGACAGUGGCCUACGCUGACUUUGAGACGCUGACGCGGGAGCUGUUCAAGCUACAGUUUGAGGAGUCAGAGGUGGGAGGUCAGAGGUUAAAGUUUGUGUCAGAAGACCUCUCCAGCCUCCUAGAGUCACCCACCAAAUCACGGUCUUCACUGUCUGACUCUGAUGACCUAGAGGAGAUGGAGAGACUGAGGAAAGACCACAUCGAGGCUCUGAGAGAAAUCAAGAAACUACAGGAGCAGUUGGCAGAGUCCGAGAGACUUCAACUGCAGAUGCAGGGAGAGCUGAACAAUGUCAAACAGGAGGUCAAGUCUGGAGUUGAGGAGAGCCGUGCACUGCGGAGCAGGAUCCACCUGUCUGAGGCAGCCCAGAAGCAGGCCAGAGGGAUGGAGAUGGAUUAUGAGGAGGUGAUCCAUCUCCUGGAGGCUGAGAUAGCUGAGCUCCAGACCCAGAGGACAGAGCAGCCCGGCCAGUCCAGCCAGGUGCAGGAUGAGACAGAGGAACUGAAGAAGAGAGUGGCCGUUCUGGAGUGUCAACUAAGGAAGAACGAGGAGGCCAAAAAGGGUUUUGAGGUGUCCAUGGGUAAACUGCUCAACUUCGUGGAGGAUGUCCAAGACUUCCUCAUUGAAAAUCAAGGGCCUGUGAAGAGCUUCAGCUCCGGUGACGUGAAGGCUGGAGCCUCCUCUCAGCCCCUGGGAGCCCGGGUGGGGAAGAAGUCCCAGUGGACGGCCGCCACACUAACCGCGGAGGCUAAAGAACUCACACGGACUGUUAGCGCCAUUCUGGAGGUGGAGUAUCUUCCAUAUGGAUGGGAAGAGGCCUACACUGCAGAAGGAGUCAAAUACUUCAUCAAUCAUGUGACGCAGACGACAUCUUGGACCCAUCCGGUGACCUGCAGCCUGGCUCUGGGGUUGGGGCUGUCCGAGAGAGAGGGGGAGGUAUCAGCCGACGGACAGGAAGACAGCACAGCCACCCCCAGCCCCGACCACACCAAGACUUAGACCUGGGACAGUUCCAUAGGAUAUAACAUUGCAGAAUCUUUAGAUAAACGUGUAUUGAAUAGACUAGAUAUUGUAUGUCUUGGAGUUGGAUAAUAGAGAGGCCUCGCAGGCAGCUCUGUAUAUAACAUUUCUAUCUGAACGUUCUGUCGUGUUGCUAUUCCCCAAGCGAAGAAAAAACACCAGGCAUUGGUGUAACAACACCAGUCUUCCUGUACAAAUAGAGAUUCAGUAGAACCCUAGAGGUGGAUACAGAGACAACUACCUGAAACCCUUUAGGAGCCCCAACAAAAUAUUUGUCUUUAAAAUCAUAUAACUAGCUACACAUAAUGUGUCAUUAAAUGGCAGUGUACGUUAGCUGUUCUGGUGAAUAUGCAGUUUAAACUUUAUAUAUAUAUUUUUUACAUUGAAACCUAUCCGUAAUUGGGCUGAGCAGUGUAUAGACAGUUAAUUAAUUGUGUUAAAAUGAAUUGCACAAGGCUAGCUUCCCGGUUCAAUGGAGUUGAUUCAUGACUCUUAUUAUAUCGCUGUGGGUUUCUAAAGAGUUACUUGAGUUGCCUCUCCUCCUUCUCUAUUAUAUGUGUAUGCUGCUAUUUAAUCAUAUUACCUCUAUGAGGAACAGUGACCAAGCCCUCUCUCUCUUCCAUCUCUCUAUCAACUUCCACAUAAGUCUUUACAAACUAUUUCACAACCCUCCAUAUUUUUCAACCUUAGAAGCUAGCUUCACAAUGUCUAAUUUUCUUUUCCGAAGCAAAAACAGGUUGGAGAAAACUCCAGUUUUUCUGUUUGCUCCCUGAGCUGCACUUUGGAAUGCCAUUCCGAGAGGUCCACAUUGUCUUCUGAAUCAAAAUAUACCAGAAUCUACUGCUGAAAGCUCAGCCUAACAUGCUAUAUUUUUACUUUUCACUUCCUUCACCAGAACUGUUAUGGCGGAGAGGCUAAAGGAUUGAGAAGAAGAGUUGGCUUGCAUCUUGUCCAUUGGUCAGAUAAGAGUUGGGCAGAUUGUUUGCCAGGUGUCUUUAGGUUGUAAUAAUGUAACACAUUAUGUUUUUAAAAUAAUUAUGGAAUGAAAGCAUGCAAUAUUAUGGAACAUCAUCCUAUUUGCUGUUAGUUGCUCUUUAGCCUGUAGUAUUUGAUUUGAUUUACUCACUAGUUGAGCCCAGUGUUGCUAUUUUUAUCCAAAAUACAUUGAUAACUUGUCUGUUCAGUGUCCUGUAGCGCUGCUACCUCCAUUAAGAGAUCAAUCAAACAGUAUUUCAAAUGUAUAAAAAGGCUGCGUUUACGCAGGCAGCCCAAUUCUGAUCUUUUGCCACUUUGCGUCUUUUGACUAAUCAGAUCAGAUCAGAUCUUUUGCCGAUAAUUGGGCAAAAGAUCGUCAUUGUGCUGCCUGUAUAAAUGCAGCCUAAUACAACAUGUCAAGUGUGUUGUGUUCAUGUCUAACCAACCAUUACCAGUGUUUGGCAUAAUAUUACAUGUUAUGCUAAGUAUCUAUGUAAACAAGGGAAAUUGGGCAGUUUUGGGUUAGGUUAAGAGUUAGGGCUAGAGCUAGGCGUUAGCGUAAAUAGGAUUUUGAAUGGGAAUCAAUUGUUUGGUCCCCAGAGAGAUAGUAAAACAAACAUGUGUGUUUUGUGUGUGUGUGUCCAAGCCAAUAUCGACCGUGCCCCAGGCGGGGAGUAUUGAUUUUCCCUCUCUAGCAUGUGUGGUUAAAUAUAUCCCCUUCCUCUGGAAACACCAAUCACUUGACACACACACACACACUCUCUCUUUCUCGUUCUCUCUCUCGUUCAAAGUUCUGUGUUCCAUAGAGCCGUGACGACGAGUAGUAUCAGCGAUGUUGAUACCGUCUCUCCACAGCUCCAUAGUUCCAUAGUGACAGUGUUCCAUACACUCUUAGAAAAAAGGGUUCUUUGGCUGUCCUCGUAGAGAACCCUUUUUGGUUCCAGGUAGAAGCCUCUGUGGAAAGGGUUCUACUUGGAACCAAAAAUGGUUCUUCAAAGGGUUCUCCUAUGGGGACAGCCAAAUAACCCUUUAUUUUCUAGAUAGCACCUUUUUGUGUAGUGUAGUGACAGUGUUCCAUAGCAACAGUGUUCCAGCUACUGGCUGGCUGGCUGACUAGCUGACUGGGCACGUUUGAGUUUUAAGCCGAAAGUAGCCGUCUGUAGAUGGAAGCCAGCGAGUAAAGUCGGGAGAGGUACAUAUGCACUGACAGCAAGUAGGCCAACUUCUGCUGUUUCUAGGAAGUGCAACAAUGUCAGACAUGACGUUCACCUUUGCUAUUGCCAAUGAAGUGGAUGCUAUCGAAAUUCCCCUUCUCCUACACAAAGAUGAACACGAUCAACAUGGUCCAAGGAAUGAAUAUCCUGAUGAUAAAGACAUUAAAUACCAGCCCAAUCUCUUUAUACCAUUCACAAGACUUGUUUUGUAUAUUUAUGAUGGUCAGAAAAAAAUAAAAAAUUAUAUAUAUAUGUUUUAUUGUCACAUACACCGUAGAAUGAGAACAUAGAGGUGUUUUUGCAGUAUAUUGGAUAUGCUCUGUUGCCAUUGUUAUGCCUAUGUACCUUCCUCAUUAUUAUUUGUGUUUGUGCAACAUGGAAUUGUAAGAGAUGUGAUUAAAUGAAGUACA